UCAACGCCCGCUUCAGUGAGUUCUCCGUGGGUGGAAGAUGCUGCUUUACAAUGUAACCUGCGACUAGAUAGCCGUGAGGUAUGGAGCGCUCCAGUCAGUUCAAACCAACGCCUGGCACGUAUGAAGAGUUGCUGAACAGCUCGGUAAAUGGCACGAAUGUGGACGAUGCUUCUAAAGCCGAGGAAAAGGCGGCGAAUCUACUUUUCCAGACGAGUUUAGCUGUGAUCCUCUCCACAAUAACACUCGCAACGACACUAUCCAAUGCUUUUGUCAUAGCAACUAUUUCUCAAUCUAGGAAACUGCACACUCCCGCGAACUUCUUAAUAGGUUCCCUAGCCGUCACAGACCUGCUGGUGUCCAUUCUGGUAAUGCCAAUAUGCGUCUUGUACACAGUGACUCACACUUGGACUUUGGGUCAAAUUAUAUGUGACAUUUGGCUAUCGUCGGAUAUAACGUGCUGCACCGCGUCGAUUCUGCACUUGUGCGUUAUUGCUUUGGAUCGUUAUUGGGCUAUAACAGACCCCGUAGAGUAUUCCAAAAAGCGCACCCCGGCGCGCGCGGCGGGAAUGAUUGCCACAGCCUGGGUCAUCGCCAUCUCCAUCUCGCUGCCUCCGCUGUUCUGGCGCCAGGUGAAAGCGGAUGAGGUGACCAGCUGCAACGUGAACACCGACCACAUCUUCUACACCAUCUAUUCAACUUUCGGAGCUUUCUACAUCCCUACCCUGCUUCUCAUUGCGCUCUAUGGGAGGAUCUACGUUGAAGCCCGUAAGAGAAUUUUAAAACAGUCGCCGAAAAAGUCAGGGAAAAGACUCACUUCAGCUCACCUGAUAACAAACUCGCCGGGAUCCGCGACGUCCACGACGCCUCUGCACUGCAGGGCGCAGGAAGUGUCCUACAGCGAAACCAGCUCGCUAGCUUGCACGAACCAGGUGCAAGUAACGGUAUCAGAUUCGCUUCUGGAGAAAAAGAGGAUCUCUGCCGCCAGGGAGAGAAAAGCGACGAAAACUUUGGGAAUAAUACUGGGAGCGUACAUCGUAUGUUGGCUUCCCUUCUUCAUUUACACGCUGUUGGUGCCAAUUUGUACGACUUGUAUCUUCCACCCGGAAUUGUUUGACUUCUUCACCUGGCUCGGCUAUAUUAACUCUUUAAUCAAUCCAAUUAUAUACACCAUGUCCAACGAGGACUUUAAGAAGGCUUUCCACAAGCUCAUACGCUUUAAGUGUUGCAGAUCUUGAAAUUGAUGUAAAAUGUAAUUACUAGACGCGGAACACCACUGUUUAAGCCAAACUGGUGAGGUGUGAUAGUCAUAUUUCUGAAAUUUCAAACAUUGCGUAUACAUUCAAGAGAAAUUUAAAGGACUGUUAACCAUUACCACUUUUGAGGCAUCCGUGGAAAGUAGUAACGCUGCGCAAUUUGUUUCUGAGCCGGUGUUAAGAAAUGAGAGUAUAUGGUGAAAGUUCAGCACCUUACUUCUUAUAUACAGUGUUUGUCUAACUCUUGGAUUUAGUGCAAAAACAUAUGCUCAGAUGGCUCUUUAUGAGCUCAACUGGUCUUGAGCUCUUGACUAAAAAAAUGCACUACACUGGCGAAAGGUUUCACUGAACAAUGAGUCCCACCGCUGCGUAAAAUGGUAGUGAAACGAAGUAAAUUGUGAGAGCGCACAUUCUGAACAUAGUUUUUCUCGCAGACCCGUUUACACUUACACAUAUAGCUGAAAUAGCUAGCUUGUUUAUUUAUUUAUUUAUUUAUUUAUUUGCUUGCUUACUUACUUAACGACAAGGGCAUCGAUUCCAAACGAACCUCUAAAUCCAGAUGUAAUCAUACGAGGAUGGCUGGGUAAAUAUGACAGAGGUAAAAGGAUGUUGUAUUUGCAGCAGGGCUAAUUAAUGGCUUGACAACCUCCUGCCGUUAGAAAAUCUGACAUAUUCUUAGUAAUCAACUAUUCUGGGACAAAGGGGCAAUAUUAGUACAUAUUUUUCCUAUGCAGUAUGUGUUAUACACUACAUAUUUUGACAUACAGUUUUGAUUUUUCAGCCCAUGUUGCCUGCAGUCCAUCGGAAUAAACAAUUAUAAAUCUUUAGGAAAGACAGGUUAUUGAAACGAAUCUUUAAACGGACCCGUCAACUGCAGCUCGCCUCGCCCGCAAGAUUUACGAUACAAUAUUGCAGUUCUGGUGCGCUGGAUCAUUGAGGUAAUUACAUCGCCUCUAAACGUCAACAGCGAUGUUUUUUCAAAGUUCGUAAA